AUGAGAGCCCUUUCUGUGAAAAAUAAACUGGGCUUCAUCAAUGGUGACUGCAAAAGGCCAGAUCUAGAUUCCUCAAGCUAUCGAUUGUGGGAGAGAUGUGAUGAUAUGGUAACUUCAUGGAUUUUGAUCUCUUUGGAAAAGGAUAUUGCAGAUAGUGUUGAAUAUGUGACAGAUGCUGUCGAAUUGUGCAAGGAACUUGAAGAUCGAUAUGAUCAAACAAAUGGAACAAAACUCUACCAAAUUCAAAAGGAGAUUAACGACCUAUCUCAAGGAGCACUCGACAUCACUGGCUACUACACAAAUACCUUGAUUGCCAAAUCUCAUUGCACAUGCAACUACACAUGUGGAGCAAAGGAAAAUAUGCACAAAGCAGAACAUGAUAGAAGGCUAAUACAGUUCCUUAUGGGGCUGAAUGAGGCCUAUACUAUUGUUCGAGGAAGUAUCCUCAUGAUGAACCCCCUUCCCACAAUUGCACAGGCCUUCUCACUAUUGAUUCAGGAAGAACGACAAAGGGAAAUUAAACCUCACAACUACUUAGCUCUUGAGUCAUCAGCCCUGAAUGUCAACACAAGCAGGACAACAUCUUUUAGAACAAAUUAUUCUCCUAACAACACUCAAAGCUACAGGAAUAGACCCUUCUGUGAUUACUGUAAAAGACCAGGUCACACAAAAGAGAAAUUUUAUAAGCUUCAUGUCUAUCCUCAAGGCUCAAAUCAGAACCAGAAUCCAAACCUGAAUUACAACCAAGCUUCCAAUUUCAAUCAGAACCCAAGGCAAAGCUAUAACCAUGGGAAUAAUUCAAGUGCAAAUCAAGGUGCCAGGUUCAAUAGGGGAAAUAGAGGAGUAACUAAUGCUCAUGUAGCAGCCACAGACACUCAAAAUGCUAGUGAUGAGAACUGCAAUACUCAAAAUGUCAGUCUCACAAAGGAGGAAUACAGUCAACUUGUGAACCUGCUGCAACAGUUCCAAACAGGAGGAGUGAGAGACAACGUAGACAAUGUCAACACCUUAUCAGCAAACUUUGCAGGUAUAAUUGCUUGCACCUCCUCCAUCGAUUUUGGGAAACUCUCAUGUGAAUGUUUCAAAAAUAAGACUGAUUCAUGGAUUAUAGAUUCAGGGGCAUCAAACAACAUGACCUUCAAUAGAUCCUUACUAACCAAUAUAAUAACCUUACCUUAUCCCCUGCUUGUUAUUCUCCCAAAUGGUUAUAAAGUGAAGGUGACUGAGAUUGGUAGUGUUGCACUUACUCCUGAGAUCAUAGANUGGUACCCUUUCUUUUUAAAAUCAAACCUGAUUUUCNCGUUUCAUUCUCUAGCUUCUCAUCUCAAUUGUCUUGUUGCAUUCAUCAAGUUUUAUUGUAUACUGCAGGCCCCUUCAAUGAAGAGGCCUCUGGUGAUUGGUAGAGUCAAAGAUGGGCUCUACAUCCUGUGUCCAAGGUGCUUGAAGAACAACAGUACAGGUCCUAGAGCAAGUUUCACUGACUUCAUGUCCACUCCUAUCACUCACUGCACUUGUAACACACAAUGUCCACUCCACUCUGUUGUGAAUAUAACACCUCAUGCCAAUAAGUGUGUUUCUUCAUCCUCAAUUGUAAAUAGUCCAAGUGCAGGCAAUGAAAGACAGUUUCCUUUUGAGAUUUUUUUUUCUAAUUGCUCUAGUUCUUCUUCUUAUAUGUGUGUUAAAGACCAUGUGGAUGUUUUGUGGCAUAACAGACUUGGACAUGUUCCCUUUGUGAAAAUGAAGAACAUUCCCUCUAUUCCUGUAACCUUUUCCUCCAAACAGCCCUUCAAUUGCACCAUUUGCCCAAUGGCCAGACAAGAAAGACUUCCUUUUCCUCAGAAAACUAGUACAACCAAUAAGAUUCUUGAGCUCUUACACAUUGACUUAUGGGGACCAUAUCAUGUGCCCACACAUGACAAGUAUAAGUACUUCAUGACCAUGUAG